GAUGACUAAUCUACUAACUUCUGGUCAUAGACGUUAUAACCCACUAUUAGAUGAAUGGAUUAUUGUUUCUCCACAUCGAAUUCAACGUCCUUGGGGAGGACAAAUGGAAUCUGAUAAUCAUAAACCCACAGAAGUAACUGACGUUUCUGUAAAAUGUACCAAAAAUCCAUUAUUACCCGGUUCCGUUCGUGCAAGUGGCUUAAUCACACCUAAUUAUCAAUCUGUUUACACAUUUCACAAUGACUUUCCUGCUUUGGUUAAUGUAAACUGCGAAUGUGAAAGUGUUAGUUUAACGAGCUUCAGAUCUGUUGAAGAAAAUCCAUUAUUUGCAUGUGCGCCUGCACAAGGUGACUGUUUAGUUACUUGUUUUCAUCCAGAUUCUAAUAAAACCUUAGCGCUGAUGGAACAGCGUGAAAUACUAUCAGUUAUUACUGAAUGGUGCCGUAUUACUGAAAAAUAUUUUAAAAUGAAAAAAUUUCAAUGGCUGCAAAUUUUCGAGAAUCGAGGCGCAGCUGUUGGUUCGUCUAACACGCAUCCGCAUUGCCAGGUAAAUUAUGAAACCGAAAUGCUUUCUCACUUAAAAAUUAUCUUGCUCUUCUAUGUUUUCCUUUCGCCUUUGAAAUUUAAUUAAAGCUAAUUACAUCAUUCCUAAUACAGCUAGUCUCAUCUGUAACCCACCCCAAAUAUCACAGACUCACUUUGUCUAACCAGACUGAUUCGCCAAAUUGCACUUUCCGUCCAUCUUUUUAACCUCCCUACUUUGUGAGUAGUCUUCAUUUAAUACCGAUGCUAAUUACCGUUCCUGAUAUUCGUGAUUUUUGUCAUAAUGUAAUGGCAAGACUAUAACCUAGAAACGUUCUUGUCUAGAAACUAAAUACUUAGUUUUUUCUCUUCUGUUCUAUUCAAUAAUUAGGCUUUACUGUCAACCAGAAACAUACUCAUCUACACAAAAAGUACUACAUUUCUUUAUUUGUUUUGAUUAUUUAUAAGAACGAAUAAUUUUUGUUGUUUGUCCUUAUUGUACACUUGUAAUCAACAUUCUUGUAGUUCAUCUUUGUUAACAGUUCUGUGGCAUAGGCAUUUAUAUAAACAACAUAAUAUGUGUUUCUUAUUAUAUUAAUAACAAUGACUGUAACAGACCUGUGUAAUUCGCUUAGCUAAUAUCUUAAAUUAGUUUACUUAUGUAAUGUAUAAGUUAAACGACUAAUCGAAGUCCUGAUUUGUAAUUUAGAAAUAUUGGCAUUUUAUGAUGACAAUCUGUUGCUCAUAUUUUUUUUAAAAUAUUUAUAUAAUGUUAUUCAUAGUCAUAUAUUACUAUCCAG